GCGGCGCUGAGCCCCGCCUGCCCCUGCCCUGCCGCCGCUCCGGGCCGCCGCCCCGCGCGGGCUGCUCGGCUGCGCCGCCGCUUCCCUCCCCUCCCGCCUCCUCCGCCGGCGCCGGGGCCCUUGGAUGCCGCCGAGAUGGGCAAGGUGCUGUCCAAGAUCUUCGGCAACAAGGAGAUGCGGAUCCUGAUGCUGGGCCUGGACGCGGCCGGGAAAACCACCAUCCUGUACAAACUGAAGCUGGGCCAGUCGGUCACCACCAUCCCCACCGUGGGCUUCAACGUGGAGACGGUGACUUACAAAAACGUCAAGUUCAACGUGUGGGACGUCGGGGGCCAGGACAAGAUCCGUCCCCUCUGGAGGCAUUACUACACGGGCACGCAAGGGUUGAUCUUUGUGGUGGACUGCGCCGAUCGCGACCGCAUCGACGAGGCCCGCCAGGAGCUGCACCGCAUCAUCAACGACAGGGAGAUGCGGGACGCCAUCAUCCUCAUCUUCGCCAACAAGCAGGACCUGCCUGAUGCCAUGAAACCCCAUGAAAUCCAGGAGAAACUGGGCCUGACCCGGAUCAGGGAUAGGAAUUGGUACGUGCAGCCCUCCUGUGCUACUACAGGGGAUGGACUCUAUGAAGGGCUGACAUGGUUAACAUCCAAUUAUAAAUCCUAAUGAGAGAGYAACUAUUUAGUCUACAAAGAAUUAAAAAAAAAUAAUAAUAACCCACUCAGCUUUCCGGAAGAAUGAUUCUCUACUGAAAAGUGAAACGAAAGCAUCCAUAGGAUUAUGACCACCUUUCUCCAGUUACCGCCCUUUCGUUAUACACGCUGACUGGAUUCCUGUUUUAACUCUUCUCGCUUGGCGUUAGGAUGCUCUAAUCUCCAAUGUGACACGAACACAGGCACUAGAUGCUAUGGCAGACUUCCAGCAACAGGGAAAAGACGCGUUGUAGACUUGCUAAGUAACUUCUUUAUUUUUUUUUUUCCUCUCUCUUGAUAGCCUUUACGAUGGUUUGAUUAUUUGGGGGGAUGGUUGGGGGAGGGGAGCCAUUUUCAGUGUAUGCUUUCUGGUUCUACUUUUUUGAUUACACUUUUUUUUUUCUCUUUUUCUCUCACUUGCUGUAGAUUGCUACUUUUUUGCAUUCAUGCAGAAUAUGUUGAUAGGUCUACUUCAUCUAGUAAACAGAAAAUUAUUGCUUAAAAUCAAACUGCAGUCUGUCUUUUUAUAUCGAGGACUUUUUUAAAAGUUCUGUUAAUCUAUAACUAAGUAGUGACUCUGAGUCUGUCUUCAUAUCUCAGACUAAUAACGAGCCGAGAUCUUGCCCAGAGUGGCAGAUAGUGCGAAUACCAUUGUAAUAUGUUCAAAGUGCAUAUCAGGCGUAAUGUUAACUAGGUAACGUAAGAACUGCUUUGAAAUGUCAGCUGUGAAGUUCUGAACCAUACAUCAUGCAUGAGGAGGGAUGCAAAUAAGUUCCCCGUACUACAUAGCAACCAUAUAGCAAAUACAGCAGGAAUGAUGUAAUAGUUCCAGGGUAUAUACUGUUCGGUUUUUGUCUUGCAUUGCAAACUUAAUGAUGUUCAAGCUGCAGUUUUUAUUACUU